AUGCCAGCAACAGAAAAAUUUGAACUCACAGCCACACAAUCAGACAUCGCUGUAUUACAGGAAAAGGGAUUUAUAUUAGAGAAGAUAGUUGGUGAAGGCUCUUAUGCUAAAGUGUUUAAAGCGACUCAUAUGGUUGACGAGACCCGGCACACGGUCAUGGCUUGUAAAGUAAUAGAUACAGCACAGGCGCCUCGCGACUAUCUCACUAAAUUCUUGCCACGCGAACUAGAUGUUCUAAUUCGAGUCAAUCACCCGCACAUUGUACACGUGUCAAACAUAUUUCAGCGUCGCGCUAAAUACUUUAUUUUCCUCCGUUUCGCUGAGAAUGGCGAUUUAUUAGAUUUCCUCACUCAGAACGGCGCAGUUCCGGAGAACCAAAGUAGACUUUGGAUGCGUCAGAUACUGUCGGGAAUUCAUUACAUACACACACUUAAUAUCGCGCAUAGGGAUCUGAAAUGUGAGAAUAUACUGAUCACCGUUAAUUAUAAUGUCAAAAUAACAGAUUUUGGUUUUGCUCGCAAUGUCCGACAGCGGGACCGCGACGUCUUAAGUGAGACGUACUGUGGUUCGCUGUCGUACGCCGCACCAGAAGUGUUGAAAGGCGUACCGUACCUCCCGAAACUGGCGGAUAUGUGGUCGAUUGGAAUUAUAAUGUACACAAUGCUCAAUAAGGCGCUGCCGUUCAAUGAGACUUCGGUUAAGAAAUUAUAUGAGAAACAGGUGAUGCGAAAAUGGCGUUUUCGCACUGGAGUAGUGAACCAACUAUCGUCUGAAUGUAAGCUACAGGUUACGCAAUUAAUGGAGCCAGAAGCCAAAGCCCGACCCACCGCUGCCUCCAUCUUCAAUGGACCUUGGAUCGCUAUGGACCCCAGAUUAACCAAGCUAACGUUUCUUGAGGAAUCUCUUCUAAAGCAAGCACAAGAAGAGUCGCAGAGACGCGAAAUGGAGCACUUUGAGGACGAGAGCGAAGUGGAGCGACUCGCGGAACUACGGCGCAAAGGGCGAGGCAAAGAGGGCUUAAAAGUAUUGAAGAACGCCGACUCAAACUUCGCAAAAUCUCAACCUUUGCUCGAGGAAAGGGAAUGA